UCCGCGCCGAGCGGCCAAGCGAGCGCCAUGUCGCCGCGCGCAUGCUGCCGGCCGCGCGCCCCGCCGACCCUACUCGACAUCACCGCCAAGAUAGUGGCCGCGAACAUUCCCUUUCAGCGGAUCGAGGAGCGCUACGAACGCAUCCCGGAACCGGUACAACGUCGUGUCGUGUACUGGUCGUUCCCGCGGGACGAGCGAGACAUCUGCAUGUACUCGUCGUUAGCACGGGCGCCUCCCGACGACCAUCGCAACAUCGCCUUCUGCCGCGGCCUGAAGCUGCUCGAAGCCGGCUGCGUGGAGAACGUGCUGCAAGUCGGUUUCCAUCUAAGUGGGGUGGUGCGGGCACCGGCGGCAGUUCCUCCCUGCUCAGAACCGGAACGGCUGUUCAGGGUCACAGUUUCUUUUGACAGGUGUAAGAUAACCGGUGUGACAUGCAGCUGCGAGGCGCGAGAUAUCUUUUGGUGCCAACAUGUGGUCGCAUUGGCCUUGUACCGGAUCAGGAACGCAGACUCCGUUCGGUUACGAGUGCCUAUAUCAGAAACACUCCUGCAAAUGGACAGACAGCAACUUCAGAAGUUCGUCCAGUAUUUAAUAUCGGAGCACCACACCGAAGUGUUGCCGACGGCGCAGAGGUUAGCCGACGAAGUUCUGCAGGCGAGGUCUGCCAUCAACAGGAUAUGUGGCGCGCCGGACCCGACGGCCGGACCGCCGCCCGACGCGCACCAUGCCUGGCAUUUGGAUGAGCAGCAGGUCUGCGAACAAGUACGCGCGUAUUUGUUACAGGGAACUUAUUAUAAUGCAAACAAACAAUUGAACUCUUUAUUUUCAAAGGUUCGGGAGAUGCUCCGCGCGCAAGACUCGAACGGUCCCAGGAUGCUCAUGCUCAUGACGGAGCAGUUCCUAUCUGACCCCCGGCUCCUGCUAUGGAGGAAUCAGAACACGCCCAUGACAGAGAAAUGCAGGCAGCUGUGGGAGCAGUUAGGAGCUCUGUGGGUCAGCAUAGUCUUAGAUCCUGGAAGUAAUAAGCACCAUCGGCUGCAGUGGAGGCAUCUGCUGGAGAAGUGGUCGGCAGUUGAAGUAUGUCCCACCGAGGAUCCAGACUAUAGGUCUUUUCCUUUAUACGCAAGAGAAAGAGAAAGAAAUGAGAGGGAUCGUGACAGAGAUCACAGAGAUAGAGAUAGAGAACGACAUCGAGAUAGAGAAGAGAGGGACAGAGAGAGACUCCGUGAAAGAGAAGAGCGAGACAGAGAAAGGCAUAGAGAGAGACUGAGAAGAGAUAUACAUUCCCAUUCCGAGAGUUCCGAUGAAGAGUCGAGACCUAAUAACUACGAACGUGAAUACAGAAGAGCUAGCAAGAGAUUAAGACUACACAACCAGAGAACAGCGACCCACCUGGCGCCAAGAACUGUGUUCCACAAGGCGUUGGACGCGGUCGACAUAUCCUGGGAGAACGAUCACCUGAAGAACAUCCUCGGCGGUGACGAAUACUCGGACCCGGACAAGCCGGAAAAGCCGAGCGGCUCCAGUUCCACCACGCUGCAACCUUACCCCAAGUUCAAUGAACUCGGGCAGCCUUUGUGGCACGAGCAUUUGCCGGUCGUAGGGGCGAGGAUAGAAGCUCUGAGGGCGCAUGGCCGAGCCCCGGCCGCUCUGAGGCUGGCCGUCAGCGCCGCCCGCGCUAUGAGACACCGACAGGAAGUAGCCCAGCAGCGAUGGCAGAGCGUGGGUGCCGGGGAGGCCUCGUCGAGCGGGGACAGCAAGGCUUGUUCCGGCCCGGAGACGUGCUCGGGGAACUGCGGGGAGCGCGUCAAGCUGUCGCUGGUGUGCGCGCACAUGGACAGCGGCGCCUGCCAGUCCGGCGGGGCCACCUGCGCCCUGUCGCACACGCAGCGCUGCAUCGGCAGAGACAGCCGAUGCUGGACUGGCUGGACGCUGGAGGCGAUCUGGUGCGUGUACGAGUGCCUGGCGGACGCGUGCCUAGCGCCAGACGACCAGCGCGCCUCCCCGCGCCUGCACACCGCCUACCUGGACGAGGAGCCCAACACCGGCUUGCCGCCGAGGUACCAGCACGUACCGGUUGCCGGUAGUAAGAACCCCGAGGAGACGUAUCUGGCGCUGGCGUUAGAGGCCGCGCUGCUGGGCCUCGGCAUGCAGAGGAUGCUGCCAAGCGGCCUCUACGCUCAAGAAAGGUAUUGUAAACAGGAGGAGCGUCUGAUUUCCCAACUGCAGCGCGUGGAGGGUGAGGCUGCGGCGGGGGUGUGCGGGCGGGCGGCGGGGGCGCUGCUGGCGGGGGGCCCGGCCUCGUGUCUGGGCGCCACCGUGCACCCCCGCUCGGCUCCAGCGCACACCUUCGCGCGGUAUCUCUUCCUCACUCUUCUACCAGCUGAUCCUGAUCUUGCAUAUAGGGUCGGCUUAAGGGCUAUGAGGUUACCAAUGGUCGAAGAGGCGUACGCGCUAGACGCAGGGGGCGCGGGGGGCAGCGCCGCCAGCGUGGGGGGCGGGGGGGCGUGGCACACGCUGCAGCACGCGGAGCAACAGCAGGCGGCGCUGGCGAGCGCGCUGCUGGGGGCGGCCCGGGGCUCCCCCGCCCGACUGCGGGCGGCCCUGGCGGCGGCACAGCGGCACGUGAGGUCGGCGGCGCAACUGUUCCGGCUGGCCCAAGACGCGUUGAGGCACGCUGCUCCGCCCGACGCCCCACACCACCACCGAGACUUGUUGGCGGCUGCCUUCGAACUUGGACUUCAGGUGUUGAGGAUGACCUUGGCAUCAGUGAACUGGAGGAGGAGGGAGAUGGUGCGCUGGCUGGUCACGUGCGCCACGGAGCUCGGCCUGGACGCCCUGCUCUCCAUCAUGCAGAACUGGUACGAACUGUUCACGCCCACCGAGGCAACGGGUCCGGUGGCCGCGGCGGCCAUGUCCCACGCCACCGCCCUCCGACUGGGGCUCACGUUCGAGCAGCAGGAGAAGUUGAGUGCGUGCGCGCGGACGCUAGCUCUGCAGUGCGCCGCCAAGGACCCGCCGGGGUGCGCCCUGAGCGCCCUCUCGGUGUGCGAGGGGUCCGCGGGGGCCUUCGAGGCUGCGUGUGCGGCCGUGGGGGGCGCGGCGGCUCGAGGAGCGCUGGCCUCCAGCCAACUGUUCGCUGUGGCCCGGUACAUGGAGCAAAGGGGACAGCCGGCUAGAGCGAUGCGACUCGCGACGCUAGCGAUGAGGAACCUCCACUUACAUUACAACCAGGACAGCCACCCGGCCAUAGCGGACAUCCACUGGGCGGUGGCGCUGGCGCACUCGCUGGGUCGCGCCGAGCUGCAGGCCAUGCUACCACUGCUGGUCAAGAACGUGCAGUGCGCGCCCGUGCUGUCGGACGUGCUGCGACGGUGCUGUGUGGCGGCGGCGGGCUGCUCGCGGUCCCGGCCUCCGCCCCCGCGGCCCCCCACCCCGCUGCGGCCCCUGCUGGAGGCGGCGCUGCGGGCCUACGCGUCCACCACGCACGCGAGGCUCGCGCAUAUAUCGCCCCGACACUACGCCGACUUCGUUGACUUCUUGGGCAAAGCCCGCGACACGUUUGCUUUGGCGCACGACGGACCACACCAGUUCGCCGCGCUGCUGCAAGAAAUCAAACUUAAAUACAAAGGGAAGAAGAAACUGAUGUUCCUCGUCAAAGAGAGGUUCGGAUGAUGAGUAAAAAUAGUACUGAACCACAAUUUUUUUUGGGUCGUUAAGAUAACAUGUGCUAUCUAAACCCCGUUAUGACUAUAAUAAAGAAUCAAUGGGAAUAAAUGAGGCCGUCAGCGCAAGAGUGGCCAAACCCACAUUUUUUUCUAUUCAAGCUUAUAAUAUUGGAAUUUAUUUAAAAUAUAAUAAAUUUCGGUGCCAAAACCGCCCUAUCCAUAGUUUCACCCAUAGAUAACAGAUUUUUGGGCGUAUUGUUUUUUUUUGCCUACUCAAGUUAUUUAAAUUCAUGAAAACUUAAACCUCAUUGCUCCAUACUAACUAUGGUAAGAUUAGGCCACUUUUGCGCUAACGGCCUCAAAUAAUGAGUAGGUAAUGUUGUAAUUUACGGCAAACAGAUUUAAUUUAAACACAAAAGACACCUAACUGUUAUUAAGUUAACAAAAAAAAUUCGUUGGUCUUUGAGAGUUUUUUUUUGUUUUUUCUUAGUGAACUGUACAAAUAUGUUGUUCGUUUGAUAAUAAUGAUAAACAAACGAUAUGUAGUUUUUGUUAUUGUUCUAAUUCGGUUUUGUUUUAUUUGCUGCUAUUUUGCUCUGUUACAUUCUUAGUCUAAAAUCAUGCACAUACAGAACUGAUUUGACAUGCUGGAAUUGAAUACUUAAUAGUAAUCAUGUCUUUGUUAAAUACAUGGUAACACAGACAAUUUCGAUUUAAUCCACUGACGUUGACAGCUCGAAAUGUCACUGUCAAAAAAUGUGAAUAAUGGAAUUUUGUUGUCGUCAAGUGUCUACGGUAUACCGCUUUAGUUGAUCCUCUCAUUAGAAAAUAUUUCGAAGUUAAACGUAUAAAUAAAAAAGCGAAAGUAUUCCGUAACAAAGUGAACUUCGUUACGUCAUUUCUAUACUUGUAAUUAAUGUGUAAUGAUCUCAAGGAUUCCAUUGUGUAUAUAGAUGAUAAGCUGUAAAUAUAGUAAAUAGUAUUUAUACAUAAGUCGCCUUAUAGUGUGUUUCCAAGACCGACUUCGGGCCGAACCGGACGUGUUUGCUUACAGAGUGACAUUGCCAAACGUCAUACGUCGUUGUGUAAAUAAUAACGGCGGAGUUCUAUGCCCGAAUUGAGGUAUUUCGGGAAAGUUCCAUUCGUUUUUUUUUUGUGCUAACUCAAACGUUGGCACAGAAAAUAAUCUCGUUAAAAUAGCGUCCAAUAGCAGCGGAAGGAACGUUUAGUAAACAUAACACCAAAGAAAAUAUUUUAUCUAAGUCCUACAGCGGGAUAGCAACGCCAUUCGUUUCAGUAUUCAUGAGUAUAAUGUAACUUAAAUCUAAUUAUUUAUAUGCCUUUUUUUAAUUGGUUAUUGAGUUAUCGGGCAAUUGUUAAGCUCGUUUCGCUUGUAUUUAUAUGGAAAAAUGAAAGUGAACUAUAAAUUGACGUUCCAAAUAAUGGUAAUGGAAAAAUUGCCUUGCGUACGAAAAGUAGGGAUUACGCGGCCCACACUAACAUACACCUAUACCGAUCCUCCUGAAAUUUUCGAUAAAAUCUUUACAAUCGUCAGAUUUUAAUUAUGUAUCAAAAACCUUAUUCCUUCCACUAAUCGAACACUAGCUGUGAACUUCAAAAUUUCCUUCCUUGCAUCGCGUUACUCGAUGCUGAGGGUCCUGACUUUUAAAGUAUUACUUUUACUCGCCUUAUGUACUUUUUUAAUAAAAUAUUGUCGAAUCACUCACCGGAACCGAUGGUAUCAUCGACUCGCGCCGUAUCGCUUAGGGAGAAGCUUUAGGGCGGGAUUGGAUAAGGAAUAGUGAUCAUGGAAAAUUGUAGCGUACCGUAGCAAGACAUGCAUGCAUGCUGCAUACAAAAUGGGCUUAACUUUUACGCUAUCGAGAACGUUAAGAAACUCGCACACAGAAGUGACAGAUGUCAAAUCGCGAAGGCCAUGCCAAUUCGCAAUCCGUUUCCACAGAUUAGUUACACUACAGAUUGGAUUCGAACAACUUUCUUGGCCACUUUUGAUCCGACUAUAUAGACCUAUGAGUAUAUAGGAAUAUAGGACUAUAUUAUUUCUAGAAUAUAUUCUUUCUGAUUCUAUGUUCUUUCCUGAACUUCAUCAAGAAUGUCGAAAUCCACUUCACAUAAUUAAAAGGCUGACACUAAUUACGAUCAACCUUAAAAUAACACCCUCUAUAAAGCUUAUACGAUUAAAAACACAGUGUAAAUAUUUACAAGUGAAACGAACUAAACAAUUUGUAAAAAAAACAUAUACAGUUUAAUUUAAAUAAAAAAUAAAAAAAGUGUAUAUCAUCCUUAAAUUAUAGAAUUAGAUGUAAUAUAACAUGAAGUGCAUUUAUAAAUGAUAGUUAUUCAAUACUUAUUUGUAUAAAUAGUGGUCGAAUUGACGGCACUAGAGUGCUACUAAAAAUUUUUUUUGUAAUUAGGGUUGUGCGAAACUUUCAUCUAUUACUGUAUAUUUCUUGCCAAUCAGAGCCAGUACAUGACAAUGGACUAGUUUUUUGUAAUCACACACGAUCGCUACUGCCCUUAAAUUAUGCCCGUAUUGAAUUCAGGAAAGACACCGCUGACAACAUCAAUAAUUAUUUCCUGUACGCGACGAAAAAAAUCUAGAAUUUAAUAAUAUAUAAUUCAAAAGUUCAGUGUAGAUUUUUUGUUCGUCACAAAGUUUGUUCUUAUAUGACAAUCCCAAAGUUCUUGAUUGAUACCCUUUUUGCUGAGCUAAUAAGAUUCGCACUUACCUAAAAUAAAAAUUAAAAGGAUAAAAAAAAACUUUUGCCAACUCAAGAGAAUGAGGUAACAAUAAAAGUGCUAAGGACAUCUCAUAUUAUGUUUAUAUUAAAAAUGUAAAUAAAGUAUAGAUAAAAAAUAAUAAUAUUAUUUCUAGUUGAAACGGUGAACGUUAAAAUACUUCCAGUUUUUUCCUUGCCAGGGAUUAAAUAUAUAUAAAAUGUAUGUUAGAAAAUUUAUUGAAAUAUGAUGCUUUGAAACCACAACGUGAUUGGUUAAAGGAGAAAAGGCUGAACGUUUCGAUGGGAUAUUCUGAAGACGGAACCGGAGACCGGAAUCCGGAAUACAUUAUAAGAGACACUAUUUUCAUCGGUAUUCCUGAGUCUCAGAAAUAAUUAAAGCUAUUUUGGCGGUUUUUUUUACAGAUUACCAAAAACACCAAACGCGAGCUUAAACUUUUUACUGGUGGUAGGACCUCUUGUGAGUCCGCGCGGGUGGGUACCACCGCCCUGCUUAUUUCUGCCGUGAAGCAGUAAUACGUUUCGGUUUGAAGGGUGGGGCAGCCGUUGUAACUAUACUUGAGACCUUAGAACUUAUAUCUCAAGGUGGGUGGGUGGACUGUGAGUUCGUCCAUCCAUCUAAGCAAUAAAAAAUAUAUUUUGGCGAUUCUUUUUCCAGUUUACCAAAAACACCAAACGCGAACUUAAACUAUAAAUGAUUUAAUUCAAUUAAAAACGAACAUGAAAUUAAUAUUUUUUUUAAAGUAUUUAUUAUUUCAAAUUAUGUAUGUGGAUAAUCAGUAGUACUGUUUUAUCUCAGUGGGUCGCGUUUCCGAUCCGGUGGUAGAUUCUGCGAAGCACUGCUCUUGCUAGAGUCAGUGUUAGCAACUCUCCGGUUUGAGCCCCGUGAGCCCAUCUACAAACGUUAGGGUGAAGCUGAAAUAGCCUCUCAAGGCUAUCAGCAUAGGUAGAAAAAAAAACGGUUUUACCGAUGGUCAAUUACUCGUAUAUUUAAAACAGUAAAGUAUACUUACAAGUUAUUGCGAUUUUUAAACAUAUUUUUUUUUGUAUCAAACUGCUGGAACUUCGUUUCGAUAGAACUUUAGUUAAAAUUAAAAAAUAAAAAUUAAAAAUUUCUUAAACACCAGUCAUGGAAUAAACGACUUUCCAUAAUAUACGGGUAAUACAAGAUAUAUGUAUAAAACAAAGCCACAACUACAUAUACAUUUUGAAAUAAUAGUUGUUAAAUCAUUCAUAAUAGAAAGCGGUUGCCAUGUUUAAAUAAAAUCGUUACUCUAGGUAUUACCAGUAAUAAUUAAUUGCAACAUCCCAUCGAAACGAAGCAAGAAUUCGAUUUUAACCAGUUAUAUUGUUUUGUAAAAUUUACAAGCAUCACUUUGUGUUUGAAAACUGAAGCAAUAAUUUGUUUGCCUUCGAUCGGUCUGCCUUUCACAAUUGAAAUGUCACAAUACCUUAUUAUUUAUGUAUAACAAAAGUCAUUAAUAAAACUUCAAUGUAAUGCGAAGUUUCUUGAACGAUUUCAUUGCUGGUCAUUGAAACGUUUUUGCUGUAUAUUAACGAACGUUAUAAUCGUCUUUUAAAUUUGACUUGCCAAAAUAAGUAACAAGCAAUUUAUAUUUGACCCUAAGUGCCUUGAGGUGAGUCGGAAUUACUGCUGCGGUAGACCGAUCGAACUCUUCGGAGUCGUGAAGAGUAUCAGUAUUUUCAAUAUAUAUAUAUUGUCAUUCGUUAAAAAACAACAGAACUGGUGUUGUGAGGGGAGAUUUCAACAUAAAUAAUUGAAAAAUU